AUGCAGAUUCGCUUCAUCCUCAUCCAGAACCGGGCCGGCAAGACGCGCCUGGCCAAGUGGUACAUGCAGUUUGACGACGACGAGAAGCAGAAGCUCAUCGAGGAGGUGCACGCCGUGGUGACGGUGCGCGACGCGAAGCACACCAACUUCGUGGAGUUCCGAAACUUUAAGAUCAUCUACCGGCGCUACGCGGGACUGUACUUCUGCAUCUGCGUGGACGUGAACGACAACAACCUGGCCUACCUGGAGGCCAUCCAUAACUUUGUGGAGGUUUUGAACGAGUAUUUCCACAACGUCUGUGAACUCGACCUGGUCUUCAACUUCUACAAGGUUUACACCGUGGUGGACGAGAUGUUUCUGGCCGGUGAGAUCCGCGAGACGAGCCAAACGAAAGUCCUGAAGCAGCUGCUGAUGCUGCAGUCCUUGGAAUGAGAGAACUGGAUCAGAUCAGCCCCAUUCUGCCUUGAAUCAGUGACUGUCUCAGCAAAUUUAGCCACUCCCCAGCGGGGGCAGGGACACCCUCGCAAAUGGAUCAGAACCACAAGGUGAAAAUUUCAGUCCCACCUCCCCACGCUCGAAUGCGGCAGCUGAGAUCCUGUGGUGGGUGGGUCAGUCUAACGCCAGAGCGCGACUGUAUAUACCCCCUUCCCCCAACACAACCGUCCCUGCGCCUGUAUUUUGUCCCUCUGUUUAACCAGCGCACUAUGCCCCUGCUCCCUUCGUGUCAGUGUGUUGUGCCGAGUCUGCGGUAGAACCGGGACCAGAAAUCCGUGUUGCCCAUUGGUGAGUGGCAGCCGCGCUGUAUGGCCAGUGCCGUAUUGAAAUAAACCGUCUGUGAAACACGC